ACGCAUGCGCGGGUGGCGGUGGCAGAGGCGGAGUUGGAACGGUACGCGCGCGGUUGGCGGAAUGGUCUUGAACCAGGUACGGGCCGUUUUCUUUGAUCUGGACAACACGCUCAUCGACACGGCCGGGGCGAGUAGAAAAGGCAUGUUGGAGGUGAUAAAGCUCUUACAAUCAAAAUACCAUUACAAAGAAGAAGCUAAAACCAUCUGUGACAAAGUGCAAGUUAAACUCAGCAAGGAAUGUUUUCAUCCUUCCAGUACUUGCAUUACUGAUCUCAGGACUUUACAUUGGGAAGAAGCAAUCCAGGAAACGAAGGGUGGUGCAGCCAAUAGGAUAUUGGCUGAAGAAUGUUAUUUCCUGUGGAAAUCUACACGUUUACAGCAUAUGAUACUAGCAGAAGAUGUCAAAGCCAUGCUCACUGAACUUCGAAAGGAGGUCCGCCUACUUUUACUGACAAAUGGAGACUGCCAGACCCAAAGGGAGAAGAUCGAGGCUUGUGCCUGCCAGUCCUAUUUUGAUGCUAUCGUUGUAGGUGGAGAGCAGAAAGAAGAGAAACCAUCACCUUCCAUAUUUUAUUACUGCUGUAGUCUCCUUGGAGUACAGCCUGGGGACUGUGUGAUGGUUGGUGACACACUAGAAACUGAUAUACAAGGAGGUCUUAAUGCAGGGCUAAAAGCAACAGUCUGGAUAAAUAAAAAUGGAAUAAUGCCACUGAAGUCAUCCCCCAUGCCACAUUAUAUAAUUUCUUCUGUGCUAGAGUUACCUGCUGUCUUACAAAGUAUAGACUGCACAGUCAAUAUGUCAGCUUAAAGCACAUAAAAGGACAUGAUUAUGUAUUUUAGGGUAAAAUUACAGGGUUUGAACUAAGAAAAGUUAAGGCAUUCCAUAUAUUAUGACCCAGUUCUAAGAAUAAUUUUACUUAUGAUUCAGUGGCCAGCCAACCAUUGACUGGUAUUUAUAUCUGGAAAUCCAGAGUACAUUAAUUAAUACAAGUUAUUUUUAGUAGGAUAAUCCAGAAAACUUGAGGAAAUAUAUUAUUUGUUAAAUCUGUAACUUGAGGUUUUUAAAGAAUUAUUUUAUUAAUCUUUUAAUAUCUUGGAUCCAUGAAGAUACCAGGCAAGAUAGCUUAUACUGGAUUCACAAAUACAGGUUUUAUGUUCUGUCUUAAAAAUAGAUAUAUUUUAGGGGCGCCUGGAUGGCUCAGUCGAUUAAGUGUCUGAUUUUGGCCCAGGUCAUGAUCUCAUGGUUUGUGGGUUCAAGCCCCACGUUGGGUUCUUAGCUGACAG